CUCACUUCCGGCUCGGCGUUUCCUGAGCUUCAUUGUGACGCACUGACACUGAACAGCUCAUGGAUCCGACAGCUCAGGACGCGCUCGUGGUUUCUCACCCCUGCGAUAAGCGGCGCUGGUAAAAGCACCUAGCGAGCAAACAGAAACAGCUGCUGUGACCUCAUGUGUAUCAUCUUCUUCAAGUUCGACCCCAGGCCCGCGUCCAAAAACGCCUACAGGCUGAUUUUGGCAUCGAACAGAGAUGAGUUCUACAGCAGGCCGUCCAAAGCUGCCGACUGGUGGGGCGUCGGCAAAGAUAUCCUCAGCGGUUUGGAUUUGGAAGAGGGGAAGGAAGGCGGAUCCUGGCUCGGCAUCAGCAAACGAGGCAAAUUAGCAGCGCUGACCAAUUACCUGGAACAUAAGACCAAUCCAGACGCCCUGGGGAGAGGGUUUUUGGUGUCGAAUUACAUGACCGAGAACGUGGAUGGCUUCUCAUACCUGCGCAAGAUGUCAUCCGAGGGUCAGCUGUACAAUGGCUUUAAUCUCCUCACUGCUGAGUUCAGAGCCAACGAGGACACGAUGUGUUACUAUGGCAACAGGGGCAGUCCGGAACCUGAGCGCCUCAAAGCGGCAGGAAUCUACGGUCUCAGUAACUCUCUGUUGGACACUCCCUGGAGAAAGUUGCAGCACGGUAAACAGCGCUUCACCAGCGUGGUCAAUAAAGCACUGCCCCCUGAAGGCCUGGUGCAGGAACUGCUGCAAGUCCUUAACGACGAGGAACUAAACACACCUGACCCCAUGCAGGAGAGUCAAGGUGAAGGCGCCCCUAAGGAAUGGGUUAAGGCUCUCUCUGCUGUGUGUGUGCGCACCCCGGGUUACGGCACCAGGACGAACACCGUCAUCCUGAUCGACAGCGAGGACAACGUCAGCUUUACCGAGCGCACCAUGCUGAACUGUGACGUCACCCAGUGGAGCACGCAGUCCUUCCAGUUCAAACUGCAGGAGUGACAGCAACAAACCCCUUUACCCUUCACCACUCGUGCCUUCAUUCAUUUUCCCCCCUAUUUUACUCUCAGACUUUUCAUAUUAAAGCUAAAGAAUCUGAAUUUUAACCGCAGUUCUCUUCCAGCAAGCGUCUUUUUGUGAAGUUUCAUGAUUUUGAAGUUGAGGCAUCGUCACAGGGCUGAACCUCAGUGUUCAUGAUGUCUGUGGUAAAUGUUAAAUGUUGCACUAAAUCUGGUUUGAGGUAUUUAAAAAAAAAAAAAAAAAAAGACCACUAUUUAUCACUGGUAAUGUGAAGCUUGAGUAGUGACCUUGAAUAAGUUAAAAUCCAUUAAAUACAUUCUGCCAAAGAAACCAGACUUUUUAUUUUCAAUUAGGAAACAUUAAAUACUUUCUGAUUAUUUUUUUUGUAUUCUCCAUCUAUAUCAUCACUCAGGAACUACGCAUCUUAUAUGGAGCUUCAAUCACCACAAUAAACUUUAUUUAACCUCCCAUAACUGUACAGG